GCUCCCCCUGCUAUCUACUACAUCCCUGACUUUGUGUCCGAAGAGGAGGAGGAGUAUCUUCUGCGGCAGCUACUCCUCUAGAAACCAAUUGAAGAUGUGUUGGGAACUGGAUUGCCUUGGUAACCAGAAGCAGGUCUGCGGCUGAAAGGGUUCGAAAGAGGGAAAGGAGGCAAAUGCAUUAUGCUUCCACAGCCCUGAUUAUCCGCUCCCUACCCCGGUGCUUAGUACAAGGCUCGGCACCAAGUCUACAACGCUCCCAAACCCAAGUGGACGCAGCUGUCGGGAAGAAAGCUUCAGAACUGGGGUGGGCUGCCCCACCCCCGGGGCAUGGUGCCCGAGCGACUUCCUGCCUGGUUGCGGCGCUACACGGACAAGAUCACGAGCCUGGGGGUGUUCGGGGGCCGACGCGCCAACCACGUCCUCAUCAAUGAGUACCAACCCGGCCAGGGCAUCAUGCCCCACGAGGACGGGCCCCUCUACUACCCGCGCGUCAGCACCAUCAGCCUGGGCUCCCACACGCUCCUGGACCUGUAUCGACCUGUCCGUCCUGAGGCCGAGGAGGAAGAGCAGGAGGCCCCCCAGACGGAGCAGCAGCGCCACCUUCUCUCCCUGCUGCUGGAGCGCCGCAGCCUGCUGGUCCUGGCCGGCGACGCCUACACCCGGCUCCUCCACGGCAUCCGCCCGGCCACCGCCGAUACCCUGACCGGCCCCGUGGCCAACCUGCCCUCCUGCCCCUCGGCCCAGCCCGGUGCCACCCUGCCCCGCGGCACCCGCGUCUCCCUGACCGUCCGCCACGUGCCCCGGGUCCUGCAGACCGGCCUCCUCCUGGGCAAGUGACCACCAGGUGAAGAUGGGGGGGCAGGAGGGAGGUCUCCAAGUAGCGGUCCACCGACUCACCGAUGGCGGGCCGUGAGUGGGGAGAAGGGGCUGGGAGGCAGGACGCCCGGUUCCGACCUGCUGUUAUGGGAGGGAGAGGGCCAGAGGUGAGGGUAGGCCACAAUGCCCCCUGCCCAGUGGAGGAGGAGCCAGGCACCUGAGUCCAGGGGGCAGUUCUUCAAACCCCCCACCUCCAGGAGACCGUCUCCAAACCCCCCACCUCCAGGAGACCGUUGGAUGGUCAGGGACUGGCUUGGGUUUGGCUUCCCAAUCCGAUAUGGGGGACAGCGGAGAAGGCUCGAGACCGGCCCACCUCGCCCUCCCCUUCCAGUCCCACAGCCAAAGACAUUUGUAUCAAGUGGAAGGAAUAAAUUGAGUUGUCCCUGCUGAUGCGCGA